GAUCCCUCAGUUUAGCGCGCCCAAUGGGAGCUUGGCCUGGGCCCGGGGACCCCGCCCCGUGCCCCGCGCCGGGGAACGGACCAGAGUAAAUACAAGAGGAGCGCAAAAUGGCGGAGCCGCCGAACCCCGCGUACGGUGCCGUCGCUGUCCUAGCUGAGAAGGAAACGUGCGGCAAGCUGCAGCCCGCCUCGCGGCAGCCAGCGGCAUCCAUGUCCGCCAAGAAGGUUCGGACUGAGGAGAAGAAGGCGCCACGGAGAGUGAACGGCGAAGGGGGCAGCGGCGGGAACGGCAGGCAGCUGCAGCCGCCCGCUGCACCGUCGCCUCAGAGCUACGGCAGCCCGGCGGCUUGGAGCUUCGCGGCUCUGCCCGCCGCCGCCUCCUCCGCGACCGCCGCCGCCUCCCCGGCCUCGCCCCGGAGCUGCUUCUCCUUCCCGGCCAGCCCGGCAGCUUCCUCAGCCCCCGCUUCCUCGUCUCAGCCGCCGCCGCGCAGGCUGCUGGUCGCCCCGUCGCCGCUGCACGCUCAGUCUCGGCACGUCCUGCUGCCGCCCGCCGCCCCGCCGGCCACCAAGCCGCGCAGACCCAAGGACAGGCGCGAGCGGGAGAAACGCAGGCACGGCCUCGGCGGCGCCGGCGAUGAGAACGGAGAGGCGAAGCCGCCGCCGCCGCCGCGAGAUAAAAUCAGAGACAAAAUUAAAGAGAGAGACAAAGAAAAAGAGAGAGAGAAAAAGAAACAUAAAGUAAUGACUGAGAUCAAGAAAGAAAAUGGAGAUGUAAAGAUUUUGCUGAAAAGUGGGAAGGAGAAACCAAAAACGAAUGUAGACGACUUACAAAUUAAAAAAGUAAAGAAGAAAAAGAAAAAGAAACACAAAGAGAAUGAAAAACGGAAGCGUCCAAAAAUGUAUAGUAAAUCUAUUCAGACCAUCUGUUCAGGAUUGCUGUAUGAUACUGAAGAUCAAGAAGCCAAAGGCAUCUUAAAUGAUAACAUAAAGGAUCACAUUGGAAAACCUUUGGAUGCCAAGAACUGCGGUUCUAAAAUCACCGGUAACAGUGACUUCCCGUUUGUCUCAUUGAAGGAAGCACGAGUUCAGACCAACCUUAAGAGGUUGGACACCUUGGAGUUCAAGCGGCUCAUUCAUGCUGAGCACCAGCCUAAUGGAGGUGCGUCUGUCGUCCAUGCCUACAGCGAUGAGCUCUCCUGCCUGUCUCCUGUGGAGAUGCAGAGAUUUGCAGAAGAAUUCGUGGGCUUAGUGUUCAGUGAAAAUGAAAGUUCUGCAGCUUUCUAUGUAAUGGGUAUUGUUCAUGGGGCAGCUACUUAUUUACCUGACUUUUUAGACUACUUUUCAUAUAAUUUUCCCAAUUCACCAGUGAAAAUGGAGAUAUUGGGAAAAAAAGAUAUAGAGACAACGACUAUGUCCAAUUUUCAUGCUCAGGUAAAAAGAACAUAUUCUCAUGGUACUUACAGAGCUGGCCCCAUGCGGCAGAUAAGCUUGGUGGGAGCCGUUGAUGAAGAAGUGGGGGAUUUCUUUCCAGAGUUCCUGGACAUGUUGGAGGAGUCACCAUUCUUAAAAUGUACAUUGCCAUGGGGAACACUAUCUAGUCUAAAAUUAGAGAGUCGGAAAGAUAGUGAUGAUGGUCCCAUUAUGUGGGUGCGCCCAGGAGAGCAAAUGAUCCCCGUGGCUGAUAUGCCAAAGUCACCCUUCAAAAGGAAAAGAACUACCAAUGAAAUAAAAAACCUUCAGUAUCUACCUCGAACCAGUGAGCCCCGGGAGAUGCUGUUUGAAGACAGGACCAGAGCUCAUGCAGAUCACAUAGGACAAGGCUUUGAGCGACAGACAACAGCUGCUGUUGGAGUGCUGAAGGCUGUGCACUGUGGACAUAGGCCUGAUCAACCUCGAAUAACCAAAGAUGUAAUUUGUUUUCAUGCAGAAGAUUUCUUAGAAGUAGUUCAACGAAUGCAAUUAGAUUUACAUGAACCUCCACUGUCCCAGUGUGUCCAGUGGGUUGAUGAUGCAAAACUUAAUCAGCUGAGGAGAGAAGGUAUUCGCUAUGCCAGGAUUCAGCUGUAUGAUAAUGACAUUUAUUUUAUUCCAAGGAAUGUUGUUCAUCAGUUCAAGACAGUUUCUGCUGUAUGCAGUUUGGCAUGGCAUGUUCGACUUAAAUUAUACCAUGCAGAGGAGGACACUUGUCACAGUACAGUUUGUCAUGAAACAUGCAUCUCAUCAGGUCCCACAUCAUCAGUUCUCAGACCUCACACUGACAACAAAAUCUGUGCUGUGAACCAAGCCUCACCAGACUCUGUGUUUUCAGACAAACUUCAUUCUAAAUAUGAAUUACAACAGAUUAAACAUGAACGUAUUCCAUCUAUAAGGAUAAAGGAAGAACCUGUGAAAGUUAAUAUAUCCGAAAAGACUAGAACACCGAAUAAUACAGCAGGCAAGAACAUUAAGGCAAAGUUGGAUCAUGUUCAGUUUUCAGAAUUUCAUGUGGAUAUGGAUUCUAAAUUUGAAAACAGUAACAAAAACUUAAAGGAAGAACUGUGUCCUGGAAGUCUCACUACUAUAGUUGAUACAAGGCAACAUAAUUCCUUACAUUCAAAUCAAGAUAAAAAUGGUGAUGACAAUUUGUACUAAAUUUGUACAUUGCAUUUAAAAUUCCUUUUGAAAAAUUAUUUGUAAAAAUGAUUCAUGAAAUUGAAAGCAAGCCUGGGAAUUGCUCUCAAGUCUGUUACAAAAUAGAGUUUAUGUAGCUUUGUAACAUUCCUCAGUGCCUGUCCAUAACUGAAGUUCAAGCAUGUAGGGCCAGAUGCACUGUAAACACUGCAGGUUAAACACAAAGGAGUCUAGAAUAGUUGUUGGAGUUGGAGUUGUAGGCUUUAGAAUGGAGCUGACAAAAUCAUAUAAAUAUAUUUUUUGUAAUAUGAGCCAGAAUUCUUUUUUGAUGAUUUAAGUUUUUUCCAUAGAACUUAUUUAUACAGACUUUUUUUUUUUUCAUUUUAAAUGUCAGCACUGUAGUGUAAAUAGCUUUUAAAAAUCUUUUUAGUGUGAUUUAUAUUGAAAUGUGAACCACUUAAUAAAGGUUCAUGGUAAUAAAUGCUUUCUGUUGAGUUUGCAGAAACAAACUGACAAUUCAGUUUACUUAUUUGAUAUAUUAUGUCUCUGUUAAUAUAUACAUGUGGGGAGGUAAUGGAAGGAAAAUGUAUGUUCUCAAAUCUAGUAAAUAUUUAAAUUUUCCAUACUGUAAAAGCCUUCAAAAAACCAGGAUUCAGCUGCAAAAGCAUAUACAUAUAUAUUUUGUGUAUGUAUACACACAUGUUUGUGUAUUUGAGGGUGUUAUAUACAUAUAUAUAUAUUGUUUUGCACAAUUUCUUAAAUUGAUGAAUAUAUGAAAAUUCUUAGUGCUACUUCCUGGAAUACAUCCUAAAAUAUUUAUGUUCAACAUUAAGAAAAUUAUAGUUUUAGAAAUUGGAAGAACUAAAUAUGUUGAUGGUUUUUAUCCUUCUAAUUAAUGAAGUUAUGUGGUCAGAUUCUUUAGCCCUAGUGUAACUUUCUUUGUUGUGUAAUAAGUUUAGAAAAUUUUCUUACCAAUAAACACCUGUAUGUUUAAUAAUAGCUGAUUAAAAAUUAACAUGCAGAAAGUUUAAUUAUGAGUAAUUAAAAGUUUUCUUUUUCAUUUUUCCAUAUUACAAAAAGAAAAUUUUAAAAUAGGGGCAAUGACAGUGAUCCAGCUGCCAUAUGCAGAUGUGACUAACAAAACAUUGUCAGCUCAUCUUUCUCAGGAUGCUUCUCCAGCCUGCAAGGCAAAUGUCAGGUGUAGUACUCCUAAAGAUGCUCUAGGGAGUUCAUCUAGGAAACAGGAUGGCCAAUGCCUGCAAGGUGAAAGAAAUCUGCACCCAUGGGCUUAGUACAGUUUCAGUCUUUGUCCACUUCUGGAAUUAAAAGUUAAGUAUUCGAUGUG